AUGGCUAACCUAUGGCGAACUGUGAUGGCAAUUCACCGCCCAAUGCCGACGACUAUGGCGACGAUUGGGAUUCAAGCUUUUGACCUAAUACACUUCAUCAGAGAAAGAGAAGGAAUAUUCUAUGAAUUCAAUCAGACGGUCAAUUGUUCACUUCUCGAGGAUGUUGAACACAACCCUAAGGCUGUUGAAGUUGAUAAAUCUGAUAUUUCUGGCCUUACAUGGAUGAAAGUUCCAUGGACUAAUCAGCUUGCUGUUAGAAUCAAAGAUGUGGAGGAUAAAACAAGCAAUGAUGAUGUUGGUGUUACUGUGGAUGACCCUGAAGAAAUUAUGCCAGAGUAUGAGGGUUUUACCAUAGAUGAAAAGGAACUGGAAAAUGCUGAAGGAGGUAGUGGAAUAGAUUUUGACAAGCUUGAAUUGCCUAGUUCCCCAUCAGUUUCCACACAUGCUAGUAACUCAAAGAAAAUUAGUAAGUGUGCUUACACUAUCCACCUUGAUCAAUGGCAACAUUGGGCCUUGAUCAAUGUCUUACACAGGGACUAUACAAAUCCUAUGCUUCCUGUUGCAUCUUCAACAAUAGAUGCUACUGAUAUGGCAAUAUAG